AUCUGAGAGCUCGCCCAAUUCCCGGAUGUGAGGGGAAACCGGGGGGGGUGAAACCGGAACCGGAUCGUGGUGUUAGCCCAACAAUGAAUCAUCACUCUCAGGAUUCGCCGGAACCCUAUUGUGGGAGCACACAAGCGUUUGUUUGUUAUGAUGUGUGGUGUCACAAACCGGAUUUUGAACAACAAACCGGGUCGGGCAAAGAACGGGAUACGCUUGGAUCUGGAAUGAUUGGAUAUUUGAGCAAAUUUUCGGGCUGGGUCCCCGGGGUUGGCCUCCCGGGGAGUCCGGGUUCCGCAAGCAGCGUCACAACCAAUC